GUGACAACCACAGGGUCACUUUGUGUGCAAGCUGCUGCACUAGGAGGUCUGUGACGACCCUAAGAGCCUGCUGCUGCCAUGAUGAACGCACUGCACAAAUUCUUGCUUUUUCAUAUUCUGACAUGUUUCGGAGGAGAUGCACUCAGGAGUGAAAUCAUCAAUGGUAAAAAGUCUAAGCAGAAGUCGAUGCUGUAUAUGGCCUCGGUGCAGAACGACAAAGGUCAUGUGUGUGGAGGAUUCCUCGUCAGUGAGGACUUUGUAGUCACUGCUGCUCACUGUGACAACGAGAAUCCUACAAGUGUUGUUCUUGGCACCCACAAUCUGAAGAAGGUUGACAAUGAAACGAUGAGAUACACUGUGAAGAGGUGCAAACACCCAUCUUAUGUGGACAUUCAAUCGGGGAACGACAUCAUGCUCCUCAAACUGUCUAAGAAAGCUCGCCUGGGCAAAAAAACACAGAUUAAGCCAAUUCAACUUCCGAGUCGUGAAAUAAACCUGAAAGAAAACAAGAAGUGCCGCGUAGCUGGAUGGGGUUUAACGAGAACUCGCGGUGAAGUCGUGAAUGAUCUGGAAGAGGUGGAUGUCCCCAUCAUUAAGCUGGAGAAGUGUCAGAGGGUGUGGCAGAACAUGCUUCCUGCCAAAGUUAUCUGUGCAGGUGGAUAUGGCACAAAGAAAGGAUUCUGCCAGGGCGAUUCUGGCGGCCCUCUGGUGUGCAAUGGGAAGUUGGCGGUUGGUGUUGUUUCCUUUAACAAUGGAAAAAACUGUGACUACCCAGACGUGCCUAACGUCUAUACAGACAUAUCAAAGUUUCUUCCCUGGAUCAGAGAUAUUCUCAAGAAAAAGACCUCACUUGGGAGUGAAAUUAUAAAUGGCAAACGGGUCCCGGAGAAGUUAAUGCUGUAUAUGGCCUCAGUGCAGAACAGGACAGAGAGGCACAUAUGUGGCGGCUUCCUCAUCAGUGAAGACUUUGUGGUCACUGCUGCGCACUGCGACCGCCAGACACCUACAAGUGUUGUUCUCGGCACCCACAAUCUCAAGAAGGUUGAUAAUAAAACGAUGAGAUACGCUGUGAGGAGGUGCAAGCAUCCAUCUUUUGACAAUGAACGAUCUGGCAAUGACAUCAUGCUCCUCAAAUUGUCCAAGAAAGUUGAACUGGAUGAGAGAGUACAACCGAUUCCACUUCCAAAGACUAAGAUGAAAAUAAGAGAUAAAGCAAAGUGCCGUGUGGCUGGAUGGGGUUACAUGAGAACUGGUGGGAAAGCUGUUGAUGUGCUGCAAGAGGUGGACGUGCCUUUCAUCAACCUGGAGGUCUGUAAGGCAGAAUGGAGGAAAAUUCGAUUUGAACUUCCUAACACUGUCAUCUGUGCUGGUGGAUAUGACACAACCAAAGGAUUCUGUCAGGCCGAUUCUGGAGGUCCUCUGGUGUGCGGCGGGACGGCUGUUGGUGUCGUAAGACAAGUCAGUGGUCCUGCAGGCAUCAUGCAUCCUCUGCAAAAACAUCUGGUCUUUCUUGUUCUGACAUGUCUUGGACAAAACGCACUCGGGGGUGAAAUCAUAGAUGGGCAAAAAGCCCCGGAGAACUCGAUGCAGUACAUGGCCUCGCUGCAGGUCUACGGAGUUCACGUCUGUGGAGGAUUCCUCGUCAGUGAAGACUUUGUGGUCACUGCGGCGCACUGCGACAACCUGAAACCUACACAUGUGGUUUUUGGCACCCACGAUCUUAAGACAGCUGAUAAAAAAGAGAUAAGGAUUGAAAAGAAAUACAAAAACCCAUUUUAUGUGAAUGGACAAUAUGACAACGACAUCAUGCUCCUCAAACUGUCUGAGAAGGCUCAACUGAGCGAAAGCGUACAGACAAUCCCACUUCCCUGCUCUGAAAUAAACAUAAAAGAAAACCAGAUGUGCCAUGUGGCUGGAUGGGGUGCAAUUACAACUCGUGGUCCAACCGUUAACGAGCUGAGAGUGGUCAGCGUGUCUGUCAUUAAGCUGGAGCUCUGUAAGAAGCAAUGGUUCAGACUUCCUGACAAUGUCAUCUGUGCAGGUGGAUACGGAACAACCAAAGGUUUCUGUCAGGGUGAUUCUGGCGGUCCUCUGGUGUGCAACGGGAUGGCUGUCGGCAUCGUGUCUUUCAACAAAAACUAUAACUGCAAAUAUCCGGACGUACCCAACGUCUAUAUGGAUAUCUCAAAACACCUUCCCUGGAUAAACAGCAUCCUCAAAGGCGUGAAGUGUCAUGAGUAAAAGUCCUGCAUAAAGUUUCAGUAUACGUUCACUGCAAUAUGGAGGUAUUGAGGCGUCUCCGCUUGCUCUGUCAGCGUGACUGAAAUCUUAAAUAAAACUGCAUUUCAAAUAUCACGUUUAAUUUUCUUUUCUACUAACUUGCCAAUUAACCAGAGGUGGAACCAGAGGCGGGGCCAUCCCUGAUUACAGAUGACUGAACCUAACAGGCUGUCCCGCCCACAACACUGUGCAUUACCUUCAUGCUGAUCUGUGCCUCUCUGUGGUUCAGUUUCUUCAAGUUACUCACACAAACUGAAGCAAGAAACGCUGAUUCCUCAGCUUAGAGAUAAUUACUUUUAACAAUGUUUUAAGUAGCGUGUGUGUAAAGACUGCUUUGCGUGGCUGAGCUGUUGUGGUGUUAUAUAUUUUACACAAAGCAAAAAU